GUGUAGCGCAGUGUCGUCGGUUCGACUAUGUCGAGUGCAUAAUUUGUUUUUUGUCCAAUUAAACUGUGAACUGAGUGUACAUUUAAUCAGUUAAAAUGAUUGUGAGGUGUUUAAGCCUUUUGUGGGUCGGAGUUUUGCUGGCUUCGGCACACAACGGCGAAGGAAACAACGACAAUGAAGACAUUCCAUACUUGGAGCUCGCAGAGCCGGAUGAGGGAUACCAUGGGCUGAUCAGAGAGAACGAGACGCUGGUGGAAGUGAGGCCCACGAUACGUGCCAGGGGUCCGCUAUGCUCCUUCCUCAUACUGAAUAAUAAGCAUCAUGGGGAGGCGCCGUUCGAGAUAAUGGUGAUUGACGAGAAUGAGGCGCGACUGCGGGUCCGGUACCCGCUAAACUGUGAAAAGAGACGAAAUUACAAAUUUGACAUCGCCGCUGUCGGAUGUGACGGCUCCUAUUCUAACACCGUCCCGGUCCACAUAACAGUAACGGACGUGAACGAAUUCGCACCAAUCUUCAGCCAAGCGGCGUACGUUCGUUCUGUGGACGAAGGCAAGAUUUACGACGAAAUUGUUAAAGUUGAGGCCACUGAUCGGGACUGUACACCGCGAUAUGGAGAUAUCUGCAAAUACGAGAUCUUGACUGAUAAAAGUCAGCCGUUUACUAUUAAUAAUGAAGGUGUAAUCCGCAACACGGAACCACUAGACUACGAGAAGUCUCACAACCACAUCUUAUCAGUGGUGGCGUACGACUGUGGUAUGAUGCAAUCCGCACCAGUCAUGGUCACCAUCAAAGUAAACAAGCCCUGCAGAGCUGGAUGGAAAGGAAUCGCAGAACGCGUGGACUACGCUCCCGGCACUGGCCCUCUGGCCCUAUUCCCCGCUGCGAGAUUGGAAGCGUGCUCGAGUGACGAACGCUGCCCCGGCGUGACGCGGAUUCAGGCCGCCGUGACACUGCAAGCGUCACGCGUGGGCGUCGCAUGCGAUCGCGACACGUAUACGUUGCAGGCACAGAAGUCCAUUUGCGGUAUGGAAUCCAACACGAUUGAUUUACUACCAAGCCCUGGCGUUGGAAACGAAUGGACCAAGUCUUUGAAGCCUGAUUCGGGUCGUGAUGGUGAACAAAUGUUUGAAUUCGACGGUGAGUCUACGUCAGCCGUGGUGCCAGAAUCACUGAUGAAGCACACCCUCGGGACCACCUUCUCAGUCUCCACCUGGCUCCGUCACGCCCCACCGCCGGACCACGACAAGCAUCGCAAAGAGCAUAUCCUGUGUCUCGCUGAUGACCAUAAAAUGAACAGACACCACUACGCGUUGUUCGUGCGAAACUGUCGUCUGAUCCUUCUCCUGAGGAGAGACUUUGGUGAGGGUGAUCUGAACAUCUUCAGACCUGCUGAGUGGCGCUGGAAGCUACCAGAGGUGUGUGACGAUGAAUGGCAUCACUACGCUGUCAACGUACGUUUCCCGAACGUGGAGUUGUACGUCGACGGCGAGCUUUACCGCGCUUUGGACGGAAAGGGACCGGAAGUUAUAGAUGACUGGCCUCUUCAUCCCGCCCAUGGAAUUAAUACUACGCUCGUGGUUGGGGCUUGCUGGCAAGGUACAGAAAGCGACAUGAAGCACCACCUGCACGGAUGGAUGGCAGGUCUCGGAGUGGUCGAAGGCGAAGUACAAUCUCCAGCAGCUUUACGCUGCGCCGCUAGAUGUCGCGAGGGAUUGUCUUUGGCGCCUGAUCUAUACCUGAAAUCCGUAUCGGUAGAGGGAGACGGCGCAUCCGAAGUUGAGACUUUGGUACGUCGUGUCGCAUACGGUGAUGCACGAUCAUUCCCGACCCCUGGAAGACGGAACGUACAUCUGGAUACUACUAUCACUUGCGAUAACGGCCGUGUGAUCAAAGCGAGACCGGCUGAAUCAUACGUGAUGGUACUCUCGCCCCAAACACCAACAAUCAUGCUGAACGGCAGCUCUGAUGCUGCAAGGGAUUACGCCCAUUUCAGAGCUGGUCUUCCGGUCUUUCCGGACUUGGAAGUUAAGGUUUUGUCACGUGAUAGGGAUUCACUGAGAGAAGCAGACACACAGAAAUUAGAUUCGUGCGUUGUAUCCGUAUAUCCGGCUUUGAAUCCGGAUCAUGAAGCUCUCGCUCUACGCGGACACUCGGUCCUGCCCGCUUCGGAUAUCCGGGCAACUCUUACUCGGGAUGGAGUCAGUUUAACUGGUGCCGAUACUGUGUAUAGUUACCAAAAGGUCUUACGUGAAAUCGAAUAUAGCAACAAAAAACCUGCCUACUACCUCAACCGCGUGUUUAAGCUCACGUGCUCGGAACUCAACGGACGAUUUACGAGCAACGAAUACGUGCAAACGUUGACAGUGGUUCAUCCCCGAGCCGCAGGUGAUUUACACGCCCAAAGGCCGAGUGGACUGGCCGAUAAACUUGAUGCUGUUGUCAGAGAUAAGUCUGGUGAAGCGGCAGUGGCUGCUCAAGUUCCGCGUGCGUUUGCUGCUCACGCCCUUCACUCCAUACAUUCCGCUGAUAUGCCUACACCGCGUUUAUUGGAUAUUCAUCAUGACAACAACAACGUAGCCCUAGUGAUCGGCGCGGUUUGCUUCGGCGCCGUAGUCGUGCUUAUAGCUCUGGGCAUCGCCCGCGCUCGUGCAGCGCGACACGACGCGACAUCGCGCGACUCGCGUGCGACUGUCGCGCGUCACCGUGUGCCGGCGAACGACUCUGAAAUGGCCUGGGACGACUCUGCGUUGACUAUCACUGUCAACCCAAUGGACGAGAGCGCCCCUAAAUGUGGCGUGUCGACGAAUGGCGCAGUGGCGUGUGACAGUUCGGACGAGUCGUGCUCUGAUUCUGACACUGACAGGCAUGAUUCUUCUGAUGAAGAGGAUGAAGUAAUACAAGGAAAGCAGCACAAGUACAGAAACAUCAGCCAGCUAGAGUGGGACAACAGCACGAUGUAAGCGUGCCGUCUCGCUCGCACACAGUACUUAACGCACUAUCGCCCUCUCACUCUCGCCCGCGCAAACACUAUAUCUCCGUCUCGCUUGCACAAAGGGAUAUGUAUUGAUAUUUGGAUGAGAAAUAAUAUAAAGAUCGCAAAUGAUCCGCAAACUGUUGAGAGCUAUUUUUUUAAAUAUUAAAGAAAUUUGCAUUUUUAUUGUUAUUAUACAUGUUUUGUUUAUCUGUUCUUGUUGUCUUUGACAUCUGUUUAUAUGUUGGCAGUUAUUUCGUCAUAGACAAGUUGAUAUGUUAAAAUUAAUUCGUCGUGUUUAUUUCGUAAUAUUAUUUGUUUAAAAUUGAUAUAAUUUAAUAAAAAUACUGUUUUAAGCAAGACUCCAGCGCAUUAGCAAAUUGCGGAUCAAAAAUCUCGAAUAUCUUCAUCAAAUAGUAUUUAGAAUUUAAAUUUUAUUUAACUCAUAUCAAUAAAUGUCCCAUCGCGAGAAUUUCGCACAUUUAUAUAAGGAAUUGAUUUUGUAAAAUGUUUAAGGGACAAUCGGUAAGGUUAGGCCAACAUGGCCGCGUCAGUCUCAAAAUAAUCAUAUCAGAUUUAUACGUAAUAAUUUCGCUUGCUUUAGAUUCAAAGGCUUUUCUAUGUUUCUAUAUGAAAUAGUAGGCGGUUGUAAGAAUAGUUAAGUAUGUAAAAUAUAUUAUAAGCGGUUCAAAUAUUACUAUAUUUUCGCCCACAUUUCUUGACUUGUAACUUUACGACUUCAACCCGAAGUACAGAUACCGGCAAACAUCUUGAACAAAUGUAGGUCCACUUGGGAGAGUGUCGUGUCGAUCGCGUGAUUGGUAAAUCAGUUGACGUUUGUGUCCCGCGUAUGUGUACGAUGCGCAAACUUUCCCCUACUCACUUGUUUAAUCCUCAAGAAGUUUGCCGGUAUCUGUACUUACAUGUAUGUAUUUAAUGUCAAAAUGGCGUGUAAUUCUUAAAGAUUUUUAAUCUGUUACGCCAUCACGAAAUUCGUUAUAUAUCCAAUGUUACAAGUCCCCCGAUACCAGCAUUUAUUUAGUACAAGCGUUCGUACAAACCGUGUAGUUCCCCUUUCGAGCUUUUUGACGGCUUAAAUUAUAUUAGGUACAGAGUUUGAAAUAUAGACUUACACAUAUACUAGGUCACUACUAAACUAUAUAUAUAUUUUGAAUGCGUUAAGAUUUUUACUAACAAUUAGAUAAGUACGUGUUAGUGUGCGCACGCACAAGGGGAAUCCCCUAAGUAAGUAUAGUUAAAAUGUUUCUCGAACGGCACUUGCAUAUCAGCCUAGAAUUAUCGAUUGGCGGUUUUUGUUGAUUUUGUCGGUUUUAUGCGUUGCGCGUGCCGUCCGGAUUUUUUUAAACGCGAUUUUUAAUUAGUAUUACAGAUGAUGUACCGCGAAAUGCGGGUAGAAAAUACGAAAGGGCUCAUAUUUUAUGUUGAAAUGAGGGUAGUUGAAUUGUUUAUGGCAGCUUAUUAAACCCGACCUUAUAAGCAGAUUUUCGUUAAUGUUUUAGUGCCAUAUCUAUGCUUUUUCUCUAACUACCGUCCAACGCCCUUUAUGAUAAAUUUUAUCCGUUUUGGUCCAGCACUCGAUGCACAAAUGCAGGCGUUUUGAAAUAUUUUCGUAUUAUUUUUUGGUAGCUAUUCUUUUUUUAAUUUUUUGUAUUCUGUAUUAACUGUAUUAAUUAGGUACUUCUUUGAUGUAUGAAUUAUUAUAUUUUAGCUAAAAAUAAAGUUGUUUUAAAAUAUAA